UGGCGGAGCCGGGGGCGGCUCCGCGGGGCGGGGCGACUCGUCCCAGAGCGCCAUGGCCGCCCUGCGCGCCCUGCUACGCUGCGUCCGCGGCCCGCUGCGCCCCCGGCUCGGCUGCGCGGCCCUGCGCGCCUUCGCCUCCGGUGCUGACUUUGAGUACCUCAUCACAGAAAAGAAGGGGAAGGACGGCAACGUGGGGCUGAUCCAACUGAACCGCCCCAAAGCACUCAACGCGCUCUGCAACGGCCUGAUGAUGGAGCUCAACCGGGCACUGGACGCCUUUGAGGAGGACCCCGCUGUGGGGGCCAUCGUCCUCACGGGUGGGGAGAAGGCAUUUGCAGCUGGAGCCGACAUCAAGGAGAUGCAGAGCCGAACGUUCCAGGACUGUUACUCCAGCAUGUUCUUGAGCCACUGGGACCGACUUGCCCGGGUUAAGAAGCCAGUCAUAGCUGCUGUCAAUGGCUACGCCCUUGGUGGCGGCUGCGAAAUUGCUAUGAUGUGUGACAUCAUUUAUGCCGGAGAGAAAGCCCAGUUUGCGCAGCCGGAAAUCCUACUAGGAACCAUCCCAGGUGCAGGGGGCACCCAGAGACUGACCCGUGCUGUUGGAAAGUCACUGGCCAUGGAGAUGGUCCUCACUGGUGACCGGAUCUCUGCCCAGGAUGCCAAGCAAGCAGGUCUUGUAAGCAAAAUUUUUCCUGUGGAGACACUGGUCGAAGAAGCCAUCCGGUGUGCGGAGAAAAUUGCCAGCAAUUCCAAAAUCAUAGCAGCAAUGGCCAAAGAGUCCGUGAAUGCAGCUUUUGAAAUGACAUUAACAGAGGGAAACAAGUUGGAGAAGAAGCUCUUCUAUUCAACGUUCGCUACUGAAGACCGGAAGGAAGGGAUGACUGCAUUUGUGGAAAAGAGAAAGGCCAGUUUCAAAGACCAGUGAGCGCCUCUGUCUCCGCCUUGAAGUCUCUACUUAAAGAGAGAAAAUACAGUCUGACAGUUUUAGAAGCAAAUCAGUCCUUCUCUGGUAAAGGGCUGUGUGGGUGACACUCAGCUCCUCGGGGCUCGUGCUCUCAGUGGUGGGCAGUCUGAACCCAGCAGCCGUGAGAAUCGGCACUUGGAGUGUGUUCACGUCCUGACUAAGCAUAUUCUUCUUAAUCAGAUUCUGCUCAGGACGCCGGGGGGGCUCAGUCGGUUGAGUGUCCGACUCUUGAUUUCAGCUCAGGUCACGAUCUCACAGUUCAUGAGACCAAGCCCCACGUCGGGCUCUGCGCUAACAGCACAGAGCCUGCUUGAGGUUCUCUGUCUUGAGAGUCUGUCUCCCUCUCUCUGCCUCUUCACCCUGCUUGCGCGCGCACACUCUCAAAAUAAACUGAAAAUAAUUCUGCUCACGAGCCUUUGGCGUGUUUAAGUUUUUACUCAAUUUCAGGAACUGAGAUAGUGAGUGUGUACAGCGUGUCAUGCUCAGAUGGAAGUGUGUCCCCUGCUGGGUCGCUGUGUGGUUUCACAGCCAGCGAACGUGCCGCUCCGAGGGUGGCGCUGCUGACUACGUGGCAGACGUAAAUCGCAUCGUGCCUUUCUCCUCUGGAGGUGAGCAUCACAUCGCUGUGCAAACUUCCGCUUUGUUGUUGUGACAACAGUCACACAGCACAGAAGUCCAUGAAGUAAGUCACCCAUCACACAGGGUAACCACUGCUAACAGGCACGGGGCUUUCUAGAUAUUUCUGUGCACACACGUGCGCACGUGAGUGCGGAGCUCAGUGUUCUUUUUUAUAAAAAUGGAAUUCUGCAUCCACGCUUCUCCAAAGCGUGACUGCUUCUUCCACUCCCGUCCUACAAGUGCACCCUCUUCUCGUGUUCGACGAGCAUUCUUUUACUUGCAGUAAAAUACAUGUAACGUACAGGUUA